AUGGACGACGCGCGCGCGAGCGCGACGGCCGUCGUCGACGCGCACGUCGCGCGCGGCGCGCUGACGACGGACGACGCGCGGACGCUGCGCGAAACGAUCGCGCUGGGACAAGCGCAUCUGAUCGCGGAUUGGCCGGCGCCGGGCGUGGACGACGAGAGGAAGCGCGCGUUCGUCGAGGAAGUGCGACGGGCGGAUCGGGGGUACCCGGGGGGGGUGGCGAAGUACGUGUCGAACGCGCGCGAGCUGCUGAGGGCGUCGAAGGAGGGGAAGAAUCCGUUCGAGGGAUGGACGCCGAGCGUGCCCACGGGGAAGACGGUGGAGUACGGAUCGGCGGCGCACGAGAUUCUGGAGAAGAUUGGGAUGCGGGAGACGGCGGAGACGUGCUUCGUGCUCGUCGCGGGGGGGUUGGGAGAGCGAUUGGGGUACUCGGGGAUCAAGGUCGCGCUGCCGGUGGAGCGGGCGACGAACGCGUGCUAUUUGGAGUUGUACGUGAAGAAUAUCUUGGCGAUGGAGAAACGCGCGGAGGGUGCGGAGGGUGCGACGAACGCGGGUGGGUGCGGGUGCUUCGGCGGUGGCGGCGCGAAGGCGAAAUCGUCCACGAAGAUUCCGUUGGCGAUCAUGACGUCGGAGGACACGCACGCGCUGACGCUCGAUUUGCUCGAACGCAACGAUUACUUUGGCGCGUCUCGCGAUCAAAUCACGCUCAUGAAGCAAGAAAAGGUGCCGUGCUUGAUGGAUAACGAUGCACGUUUGGCGGUGAAAGACGACGAUCCUUACAAGCUCGCGCUCAAGCCGCACGGCCACGGUGACGUGCACUCUCUCCUGCACACGAGCGGGUUGUUAUCAAAGUGGAUGAGCCAAGGCAAGAAGUGGGUCGUCUUCUUUCAAGACACGAACUCGCUCGUGUUCCGCGUCAUCCCUGGUGCGCUCGGGGUGUCGAAGACGAUGAAUCUUGAGUUCAAUUCUUUGUGCGUUCCGCGAAAAGCCAAGGAAGCGGUCGGUGCGAUUUCGUUGCUAACUCACGAGGAUGGACGCAAGAUGACCAUCAACGUCGAAUACAACCAGCUCGAUCCGCUUUUGCGAGCCACUACGAAUCCCGAAGGCGACGUCAACGAUGCCACGGGCUUCUCCCCAUUCCCGGGUAACAUCAAUCAGCUCAUCGUGAGUCUUCCAGAGUACGCAAAACAACUCAAGAAGACUGGCGGCGCGAUCGAAGAAUUCGUCAAUCCCAAGUACAAGGAUGAGACAAAGACGGCUUUCAAAUCGCCGACGCGAUUGGAGUGCAUGAUGCAAGACUAUCCCAAGAGCCUCGGAUCGAAGGCUAAGGUUGGUUUCACCGUCUUUGCGAACUGGAUUGGCUACAGCCCGGUGAAGAACUCUCCGGCGGACGGUUUGGCCAAGUUCAAAUCUAACGGCCCGACGCACACGGCGACGAGCGGCGAGUUUGAGUUUUACGAAUCGUGCGCAAACUUGUUGCGUUUGGCCGGUGCCGACGUCCCCGCCGCCGCCGUCGACGCUGAAUUCAACGGUAUGAAGCUUCCCAUGGGUCCACGUGUUGUGCUCGGUCCGGAUGUCGCCACAUCUUUUGAUGAACUCAAGUCGAAAGUCGGCGCCGUCAAGUUGGGCGCGAAGAGCGCGCUCGUCGUCGAAGGCUCUGGCGUCAAUUUGAAAAACGUCGAAGUGGAUGGUGCGCUCGUCAUCAAGGCGUGCGAGGGCGCGGAAGUCAUCGUCGAUGGUUUGAAAGUGACGAACAAGGGUUGGCAGUGGAAGCCGACCGGCAAAGGUGCGCCCGAAGUCGACGCGCUCGCGGGAUUCGUCGUGAAGAAAAACGAAACGGCCGAGUACGUCUUCGACAAGCCUGGCAAGUACACGCUCCCGUAAGCGUUUCUCUUCUCCCUCGUCCUAGUAAAAACCACCAGCGACGCAAAAACACGCCAUUUGAAUUGAAAUAACAACACGAAUGAAUACUUUGUG